CUCGGAGAGUAGUAAGCUGUCACGGUCACCGGCCGGCCUCGCUCCGAUCCUCUCUCUCUCGUUCUCUCACUGAGAAGAAGAGAGAACCAAGUGGUCAGAACUCAGAAGCUUGGCAUAGAAAUCCCUGCUUGGCCACGAUCGCCUUCUUCUAAUCUACAGAUUAUAUUCCUCAUAAACGCUCGUACGUACGUACCAAAUUAUCAAGCAAAGGUCUCCAAAUGGCUGGCCUGUCUCUACAGCAUCCCAUGGCCUUCGCCUUCGGCCUCCUCGGCAACAUCAUCUCCUUCAUGACGUACUUGGCCCCGCUGCCGACGUUCUGCCGGAUCUACAGGAACAAGUCGACGGAGGGGUUCCAGUCGGUGCCGUACGUGGUGGCGCUCUUCAGCGCCAUGCUGUGGAUCUACUACGCGCUGCUCAAGUCCAACGAGUUCCUGCUCAUCACCAUCAACUCCGCCGGCUGCGUCAUCGAGACCCUCUACAUCGCCACCUACCUCCUCUACGCGCCCAACAAGGCAAAGCUGUUCACGGCCAAGAUCCUCCUCCUCCUCAACGUGGGCGUGUUCGGCCUCAUCCUCCUCCUCACGCUGCUGCUCUCCGCGGGGCCGCACCGCGUCGUCGUCCUCGGCUGGGUCUGCGUCGCCUUCUCCGUCAGCGUCUUCGUCGCGCCGCUCAGCAUCAUCCGCCAGGUGGUGCGCACGCGGAGCGUGGAGUUCAUGCCCUUCUCCCUCUCCUUCUCGCUCACCGCCAGCGCCGUCGUCUGGUUCCUCUACGGCCUGCUCAUCAAGGACAAAUACGUCGCCCUGCCAAACGUGCUCGGCUUCACCUUCGGCGUCGUCCAGAUGGGCAUGUACGCGCUCUACCGUAACGCGACGCCCAGGGUGCCUGCUGCCAAGGAGGCGGCGGCGGCGGCGGACGACGGCAACACCUUCAACUUCAAGGCGCCCGGCGAGCAUGUGGUGACCAUCGCCAAGCUGACCGCAGCGGCGCCUGCGACGGCGGCGGAGCUUAUCAUCAAGGCCCGCGACGACGCGCAGCACCCCCCGGAGGAAGAAGCAGCAGCAGCCAAGGCGGCGCCGGCGAAGUCUAAAUUAUUAAUCCCCCUCCCAGAACAUGCGUACGCAUGUAUGUGUAUCAUCCGGUCCGGGUCACAUCAUAAACUAGGCCGUGCGUGCCUGCUCGGUACUAGCACACGCCCGCCCGCCUGCCUGCCCGCCCGCAUGAUCCAAUCGAGCUGCUAUAUACGAAAGGGAUGAAGACGAUGAGAUCUACUCUGAGAGAACCAGAAGGGGGCUAGCUAGGGCCAUGUCUCUCGCCUCAGGUCGUGGGUCUGCUGCUGCUGUUUCAUUUCGUUCUCGCGCAUGGCUGCGCGCGUGUAUUCAUUUUAGUUAGCUACUUGUUGUCCCGUCACCACCUUCGUUCCAUGUAAUAACAACAAAAUAUAUAUAAACAUGGUCAUCGUAAAGCAAAGGUUCCUUUUUUAUCAAAUC